AAAAAAAAAAAAAAAAACCCUCAGGAGGACUUCGAAAAACAUUUGGAAAUUGGAAUGUUGAAGAAAUGAAGUACUCAACUAGACAAACACAUUUUUUUUUUUCCUUCACACAGUAUACGUAAAAUCCAGGGUAAUUAUCAACUUUCUCAGAAAAACCAGCACAGAUUGGAGCCAAUUUUCUCCAAAAGCUCCCCCACUGCAUCACAUCCUCGUUUUACCUCUCUCUGCCUCUGUCUCUUUAUUGAGUAUAUUUUCCUUUUUGAUCUUCAGUUUUCCCCCCAUUAAUCUCUCUUCAUCCCAUUCAUCUUCGGUGAAUUGAAUGAUUUGAAAAUGGUUUCGCUUGGGAAGGACGCUCGUUAAAUUAAAUUAAUCAGGAUGGAGCCAAAUGUCAAUACUCCUGAUAUCCAGACCCAGUUCCUUGAUAGCCAAUAUUCGCCUCCUUCAUUUUCUGUAGGUGAAAAGGUUGAAACUGAGGAUGCUGAUGAAUUGAAAUAUCUGGAAAGCACUGUGCCUUUUGAUGCUACUGUUACCGCUGACGAUGCAUUUGGCACCCAAUUAGUGAAUCUCGCUGGGGAAACCCAAGUAUUGAGUAUUGCUGGCGAAACCCAAGUUUAUGAUGAUGCCGAAUGCAGUGAAAAUAUGGCCACCCAGUUAUUUGACGUGUUUGAUAAUCAAGUUGCUGGUGUUAUGGGAGGCAAAGGAACAGAAGAAGCUCAAGAUUUUGGUGAUAGUGAUGAGCAGUCUGAUGAUGAAUCAAUAAGAAGUGACGGUGGCCAGUCAGUGGAUGGGGAGAAGAUUUACAAUUCUCUUCAUGAACAUCAUAAUAAGGGAUUAUUGGAGAGAUUUGAUCCUUUACCUGAUAAAGAGCAUAUUACAGAAGUCCAUGUUUCAACUGCAACAUGUGUGGUUGAAGGCAGCCUAAAACCAAAACCUGGACCUAUACGAUUGGGGUUUACUUCAGUUCGUGUAGCAUCGUUGCGGGCGUCGGCUCUGGCUGCUCGCAUGACUUUGAAAGGAAUCAGCAAUGGAUCCUGUUCUCCCCCAAGUAAGAAUCAGUCUUUGGGAGUUGGGGAGGAAGUAGAUCAGGAACAUGAUAUUGGGCAAUGCAAUGGAAAAACGAGGGGGUCAAAGAAUAAAAACUUAUGGGUUGGCAGUAGAACUGCUAGAAAACUUUUUACUGAGGAUUCACAUGAUGACUGCAGAGGACUUCCUCUUAACUUGAAUAAUGUUGAAGGAGAAGAGUUGCCUCAUUUGCCUGCUUGUGAUGAUGGAUUGGCAGGUUUAAGCUACGUAGACUCUCAAGAACCUGGAGAGUUAUCUCAGGCCAAUGCAUUGACUUUUUUGGAAGGGUUCCUGAAAGAUAACGUCGGGGAGUUUGAACAAGCUGAUUGUGUAAAGAAAAUUGGGGGAAAACCAAAUUCUGUCUCAAGUACAGAGGGCCUGCAAGGUUUUGCCAAGAAAGCCAUUGAUAGAAACAUAAUUGGAGAAGCAGCGAUUUUUGACUGGGAUGAUAGUCGUGAGCAUGAAGGAGGUGGAGAAAUCUUCCGCAGCAGAAAUGAAGAGUUUUUUUAUGGUGGAGGCCAUGGAAGAAAAUCUUUUACCCUACCCUGGAAGCCUGAAGGAAGCAGACUAGAUGAGAAUAGAGACCAUGAAGAAAAUUUAGAUUUCGAUAACAAUAGAACAGGUUUAGCUCAUUCUGAGUCAAAAUUAAUGUGGCAUAACUCAAAAGUGAGUGGCAAGACAGUGCAAACGAUGAAAUUGAAAAAAACUCUAGUCAGUGAGUCGGACAAAGAGUUUAGUGACCAUCCCUGUGGACAGUCGGAAAAUAAUGGUACUGAGACAGAUGUGCCAGAAAUGUCAAACAUAGGUUUUGAUACACAAAUGGCUGCUGAAGCUAUGGAAGCCUUGUUCCAUGGUGAGAGCAUUGCUAACCAUGAUGAUAAAGAUGCCUAUCAAGGUAAUGAGAACAAUGUAAAGGGUUCCUGCAGAGGUUCUCUUGGAGGAAAUACGAAUAAGGUAAUUCAUUUGAGUCAACCCUUUUGUCGUAAGGGGGCAAGCCUAUCUGAUAUAGGGUUUGCUUCACUAAAGAAUUUGGAGAGCAUGAGUGCCAAUUCAAGAAAAGAGUCUUCAAUUUCAUUGGAGAAACAUUCUGAUAAUGUCAGGAAGCAGAGUGGAGUUGAGCUGGUCAGAAAACAAUCGAAGAGGGUUCACUUGAUUGCUGAAGAAUGUCUUACCGCCAAUGGGAAUGGAAACUCGAAAAAAAAGAUAUCUAAGACUAUUGGGAAAAGAAAAGCUGGAGGGACUUUCAACAGAAGUUGCACUAACGAGUCCAACAGAUAUGAUGGAAGUGGAGUUAGUGCAGUUAAGAAGCAGCAUUUACAAGGUGAGGUUGGUGCUUGUGCAUCUGUUUCUCGUCAAACUAGACAGUUAUUGGUAGGUAAUCAUUUGAAGAAGACUGAGAAUGCAUCUGGUGACUCUAGGGAAGAGCUGAACUAUCCGAUUGAGGUAUGUGCCUUAAUAGAGAAAAGCAAUAGUAGUUCAGCCAUCCAAGCUUCUGAAGUGUUGGAGGAAACAUCUUCUAUAUUGGGCUCUAAUCAAUCCAGAAAAGUUAGAAGUAUAAAAUCAAGUCAACACGAUCUAUUGGCUCCAGAGUUGAUAGAUUGUAACAAUGGUUCUAUAAUUGAUUCAUUGAGAUAUCCCAGGAGGAGAAGAUCUCAUCGAAAUCUGUCUGGUCAGGAAAAUGGAUUUGAUUGCUUGGAUGGUGUACUUGAACCAUCUGUUCGGCUGAAAUACAUUCAAAACUCUGUAUCCAAGCGAAAAAGGUCAUGGGGUGAUGCUAAAAUUCCUUUUGUUGUUUCAAACCUGAAGAAAACACGUUCAGGGCAUGCUUCUAUAGAUGGAAAGUCUGGUGAUGUAGAUGUCAAAAUUAUAACUAAAGAUCUAACUGACGCAAAGGCUGGAAAAGACUCUGAGAGAAAUAGUGAUGCAAGUUGCCCUUCGUCUACUGGAAAGGUGAAUUCCAGGUUGGAUGAAUCACCAAGAGAGAGAUGUAAACCAUCUGAUUUUGCCUGUACUACUCCUACCCCAGUUAACUGUAAGACACCAGAGAAUGCUGCAUCACCUGUUUGUAUGGGUAGUGAAUACUUCAAACUGUCAUGUAGAAGGAACCUGUCAAGACCAAACCUUUUGAAAGAAAUCUGUAGCUUAAGUGCUGCAGUCCCUGAACUUGCUUCUGUUUCAAAAGCUUCAAGAAAGAGGAGAGAUAUGAGUGAUGUUCGAGUCUUUUACAGCCACCACUUGGAUGAGGAUAUAAUGAAGCAGCAGAAGAAGAUUUUGGCUCGGCUAGGAUUUACCACAGUGUCUUCUAUUAUGGAUGCCACACACUUCAUAGCUGAUCAAUUUGUUCGUACAAGGAAUAUUUUAGAGGCAAUUGCUUCUGGAAAACCAGUAGUGACACAUUUAUGGCUCGAGAGCUGUGGACAAGCUAGCUGUUUCAUUGACGAGAAAAACUACAUACUGAGGGAUGCCAAGAAGGAAAGGGAGUUUGGAUUUUGCAUGCCAGUUUCAUUGGCACGUGCAUCCCAGCAUCCACUUUUGGAGGGCCGAAGAGUUUUUAUUACCCCAAAUAUAAAGCCUAGUAAAGAAACAAUUUCAAGUUUGGUUAAAGCUGCUCAGGGCCAGGCGGUGGAGAGAACUUGCAGAUCUAGUCUGAAAAAAGAUGACAUUCCAGAGAAUUUAUUGGUUCUAUCUUGUGAAGAAGAUUAUGUUAUAUGUGUUCCUUUCCUUGAAAAAGGUUUGCAACGGGGCAGCAGUGUACAGUUCAGAGCUGUUAUUGAAUGGUAUAGUCACUCAAAAGUUGGAGUAUGAGAGGCAUCGCCUCUUUGCGGAUCAUGUUAGAAAAACCCAUUCCACGGUGUGGAUCGGAAAAGAAGACAAUCAGUUUCUUCCUGUGACUAAACAUAAAUAAGAUUCAUUUUUAUUCAUUGAUUCCUUUGAUCUUCCUUCUGGUUCUGCCUUUUAGGGCCAUUUUGGCUGGUAACAAGUGCUAUGAUCUGUACAUAAUAUUCAAGAAGUUGUAAAAUUUAUUGUAUAGUGGUCUGGUGGUCUGUUUUAUCUCA